AUGCCUAAUUUACUUGAUCUUCCACCAGAAUUAAUACCAUUCAUAACAAAGUAUCUUCCGAUUCAAGAUCUUAAAAAUAUAUGGAAAACCGAAGUGAUUAGAGAAAUUCGCAAAAGAUUAAUAGUGGACUGUACAUUUAUUGAUAGAAAAACAACUGUUAAAGCGCUAAUUGACCCAAUAGAAGAUCUUGGUAUUGGUACACAAAUGCUGGCAAGAAAAUAUGAAUCAGGAAAAUUAAAAUCCUUACCUCGAUAUUUAAACAAAACGUUUACUAAUUUCGUAGUUAUUGAAAAACUUGAAUAUGACUUGGUUCACGGCUAA